AUGGUCUCGCUGUGGGAUGCGGAUAACAAGACAUGGGCGGCAGUCAAUGUCUCAGCCGCUCUCGAGGAUGCGGGCACUCCUAUCAGUGUCAAGGAGAGGUCGCCAUUGGCAGCCGCAAGCACUGGCCCUCCAGACUACACUUUUGAAAUGCACCUAUAUUUCCUAACUCAAACAGAUAAUGUCGGGGAGAUCUACACUACUGACCCGGCGGGCAAGAAUUGGAGUACUGGCGAUUUGAUGAAGUCGCCGAGCAAGACCGCGGCUGAGACAUCGGAUCUUGCUGCUGUGUGGCAUCGAUGUGCUGUCGGCUGUGCCGGGUACAUCUACGUAGCGUACGAGGAUGAUGAUCAAGCUAUCAAUGUCCUCAACUCUAGCGACUGGACACGAACCGACACACAGCUUUUCGAUGGGUAUCAAAUCGACCCAGAAUCGGGACUAGCGAUGAUACCGUUCAUCAGUGACAGCGGCAAGGAGGAUAUGAACCCCGGAGAACUGCGUCUUUACUGGGAUGCGAGUGCAGAUCUAAACGAAUUGAAAUUCAACAUGAGUGCUGUCUGGGAGGGCGGACUCCAAAUAGCAGUGAGCAUCCCCACGGAUCCUCAGCCGCAAUAUGCCGCCUCGCCAUUUGACGACUACCUGCAAACACUGGUGGUGUCUCGAAAACCCGAAGGGACGAUCAGCGGCUACCGAUGGGACAAUGUGACCUGGCACACCAAGCAGAACAUCACCAUCUCAGGAGGACCGAGCCCGGCCAACUUCUCUUCGAUCGCCAUGAACAUGGCUGGUCGAUUCUACGGUGUAAUGGAUGGAAAGAUAGAAGAGUACAGCUGGUUUGCGACCGAUCCAUACACGUUUACGCACGUUGGGUCGGUGGAUAUUGUGAACUCGACAGCGAGUUGA